GCAGGCAGCCUACAGUGCGGUGAUCCGACGCGGCUGUGCGGAAGUCUUCCUCCUCGCCGACUCCUGCCCCGGCUCUGCUCCUCAUCCGCACGGUGUCGAGUCGACCCCAACUCCCUCCUGUCCGCCUCCGUACCGUCGUCCUUUACAGGGUGAUGGCAAGGCCAAGCCACAGCGAGCAUGUCCUGCAGCAACUCAACAACCAGCGGGAAUGGGGCUUCCUGUGCGACUGCUGCAUCGCCAUUGGCGACAUUUACUUCAGGGCGCAUAAGGCUGUCCUGGCAGCCUGCAGCUCCUACUUCAGGAUGAUGUUCAUCCGAGACCAGCAGGGCACUGCGCGCCUCGAUCUCAGCAACAUGCAGAUCAGCGCAGAGUGCUUCGACCUCAUCCUGCAGCUCAUGUACCUCGGCCGCAUCGUCGUAGGACACUACGAGUUCGAGGAACUUAAGUCGUCCAUGGCUUAUUUGCAGAUGUACUACAUCCCCGACUCGUUGGAGGAUCUCCGAGACAUCCGCGCAUCCAAUCUUACUCCCUCUUCCUCAGCUUCCUCAUCGUCAUCCAGUUCCUCGUCAUCCUCCAGCGUUGUAGGAGGGAAGAUGAUGUUUGGCGUCCGCAUGUUCGAGCAGGAGAGGCCGAGUCCUGCCAAAAGUGACCACGCGCCCAAAAUUUCAAACCCAGCUACUCAGCAAACCACGACUAUAUCUACUGUAAGACCUGUCGAGGAUGUGGUUCUCCCACUUCCACCAGUGCACUCUGAGAACCUUGCAGAACAACCGUGCGAUCUGAGAAAGAGAACCUCUGGCCGAAGCGCCACGCUGAAAGAGCGUCCACGAUUCGGGCGCACUUAUACUUGCGACGACUGUGGGUUUGUCUUCAGCUGCGAGAAGCUCCUUAUUGAACACAUCCUCACGUGCACCAACCGCAAGGCGUACCAAAACCCAAGAGUCGGCAAAGCGGGCGACAGUGACUCGAGCAAAGGUGAGAGCUCGGCUUCUGAAGGAACCGGAGACCAGAGAGCUCUUUGUAAAGGUGAGGAAGAUUGGCCCGACCAUAAAUCUGACACCGAAUCUGUCAUCAGAUCCAUCGCUACUGGCAUGGACACAGAUUCAGCAUCGAACAUAAACAUCAAAGUAGAGCAGGAAGAGGACUCUGAUACCGAGACGGAAAACAUCAAAGUGGUCCAGGUCAGGAACCACAGCGUGGGGAGCUGCAAAGUACGCCGCAAUGUGUUCAGGACCAAUGUCGGAGAUAACAUGAGAUUUGACAGCGAAGAAGAAGCAGGUGUUUCUGUCAUAGAUGAUGGUGCUCUGGAGGGCCACAGUAAGGGUCCGGAAGCAAAGAUUUGCCGGGUUAAAGAGGAGAAGCAGGACGGAGAGUGCACUCCGUGCGAGCUGUGCGGCGCCUUGCUAACUGAGGAGGAUCAAUCAGCUCACUACAUCUCCAGCCACAUGGGACACAUAUGUGCUUGUGGAAGGUGUGGUCAGGUUCUGAUUAAAGGCAGGCAGCUGCAGGAGCAUGCCGAGCGCUGCGGGGAGCCCCAGUGCCCCGAAACGGAUUCCCCGGGUGAAGAGAGCCCUUUACCUGAAGACGCCCAGGUGAUGGAGGAAAGCCUGCUCGAAGGUGCCGACUUGGGCUUCCGUUGUCCUCUUUGCGGCUUGAUUUUUGAGACCGAAAGCCUGGCAGUGGAGCACACUCUGUCCUGUCCUGAGCAGGAUUCUUUCCGGCCCACCACGAUGGAAGACGAGCCGGACCACCGGCGCAAACACUUUUGCGCCAUCUGCGGCAAAGGGUUCUACCAGCGGUGCCACCUGCGUGAGCACUACACCGUUCACACCAAGGAGAAACAGUUCACCUGCCAGACCUGCGGAAAGCGGUUCCUGCGCGAGCGCCAGCUCCGCCUGCACACCGACAUGCACAAAGGGAUGGCACGGUACGUUUGCCCCGUGUGCGAUCAAGGCACCUUCCUGAAGCACGACCACGUGCGCCACAUGAUUUCCCACCUGUCAGCCGGAGAGACCAUCUGCCAGGUGUGUUUCCAGAUCUUUCCCAGCAGCGAGCACUUGGAGAAGCACAUGGACGUUCACCUGUACAUCUGUGGUAUGUGCGGGGAGAAGUUUCGCCUUCGCAAAGACAUGCGAAGCCACUACAACCUAAAGCACACCAAGAGGCAGUAAACGGGGAAGAGGGUCUAAUCUAUUGAUUUUUUUUUUCUUUUUUAAAUAAGCCAUGAUUUGUUAUAAAUGUGAGAAAUCUAUGCACUUAGACACCAAAUAACCUAUAAAACUGCACUUUUAACGGUAUGCAUACUCCAGGUGUUGUUGGAUCCAGUGCCUUGAGCUUCAGGCACGCUUUGUUUGUUUGGUAAAUCUCAUUUCAUUUUACUCUACAUGUAACAUGUCUCACCAGUUUCAAACAGAACAACAAGAUUAAACUGGUGACCUGGUCCAUUUUCAUUUGAUGAUUAAUUAUCCUGCAUACGUCCUUAGCCGGCUUUACACCGUACGAUUUUUUUUUUUACCAGAUCUUUUGACCUUUGCUGUUGUGUAUAUAAAAAGAAAAAAAGCACCAUUUCACCAGAGAUUAAAACAUACCAAAAUUUUUGUCUGCCUGAGAAAUAAUAAUAAUUUAAAAAAAUCUCAUUUGCUGCUGUGGCGUUCUUUUAAAAUCCACCAGCUGGAAUACAGCGUAGGACGACGAUAACGUUAUUCAUAAGCUAACGUUUCUGUGUUUAUGUGAUUUAUUUUUUUGCACAAGUGAAUCUACGAAUCACGGUUACUGACGGUAAAACAAAAUGGAACAAUUUUCUUUAACGCCAUGCAGAUUAGAAGAUCCUCCUCGUACCACAGAACGCAGAGAGUACACGUCUGUUAUAUAAUUAUUUUCUUAUUUUUAGAAAUCGUACGGUAUGAAACCAGCUUUUGAGCAGGAUGUUUUUUGGUGCUUUGUUUUUUUUUUUUUUUCCUUUUCAAUGGUCUGUUACUUAUUAUUAUUAUUAUUAUUAUUAUUAUAAAUAUCUUGACUGAUCAUACAUCUGGCAUAACCUUUUCAGGCGACCUCUGUAUACACCAUAAUCUCUAAGCCUUGUCUCACAGGCUUUUUUUUAUAGCAUUAAGACAUACUGUACAAGUCUUUGUUUUUUUUUUUGUUGUUGUUUUUUUAAACAUCAGAACACUAAAGUUUAACAUUUAAUACAGUCUUAAAACACUCUUGAACUUCUUCGUCUCUGUAGUUUGGUUUAUUUUUUUCUCAUCACUGUCAUUUUGUCUUACACUUAUUCUGGGAUUUCAUGUAUAAACUAUGCAACUUAAGCUUGUUAUAAAAGAAUUUCUUUAAAGCAUAUUGUCUGUGUAUGUGUGUGUGUGUGUGUGUUUGUGUGUGUUGUGUCAAGUCAUUAAACCGUAGCUACUGUUGGC